CGCGGUGAGCAGUCGCAGUCUGCCUGACGCCGGAGCUUUGACUGUGAUGCGGUUGCUGAAAGUGCUGCCGAUGGAGCGUGAAGGAGAAGGAGGCUGCUUGGUUGGAGUUCAGCCUCGUCCGGUGAUGGAAUAACGUUCCUCACUCCAGUUUCCACCGAGAUACAGAAGAAAGAUAUCUGAACACAUUCCACCACACAACUAAGACUCUCUGCCUUUGGAUUUUUUUCAAAGCAGUACUUUGGGACAUUCCAGAUAAAAGUGCACAGAAUUUCAUAAUCUCCAGUGGAUUUGAUGCUUAAAACAGUACUCUUAGAAACCACCCGAUUAGAAUUUCUGUUCAUUUCUUAUACACAAUAGCAUCCUUGCUGUUGGUUUCAAAAACUGGUCAAGAUGACAAUGGCAAGCUUGUUCUCAUUUACCAGCCCAGCUGUGAAACGCCUACUGGGCUGGAAACAAGGAGAUGAGGAAGAAAAGUGGGCAGAAAAAGCAGUUGAUGCACUAGUGAAAAAACUUAAGAAGAAAAAGGGAGCUAUGGAGGAGUUGGAGAAGGCACUAAGCAGUCCAGGUCAGCCUAGUAAUUGUGUCACUAUUCCCCGCUCUCUAGAUGGUCGACUUCAGGUAUCGCAUCGUAAAGGUCUACCCCAUGUAAUUUACUGUCGUGUUUGGCGAUGGCCGGAUCUUCAAAGUCAUCAUGAGCUGAAACCACUAGAGUGUUGUGAAUUUCCAUUUGGCUCAAAACAGAAAGAGGUCUGCAUUAAUCCAUACCACUACAAGCGAGUAGAAAGCCCUGUUCUUCCUCCAGUGUUGGUUCCAAGACACAGUGAAUUUAACCCACAACAUAGUCUACUUGCACAGUUUCGUAAUUUGGGCCAUAAUGAUCCUCCUAUGCCACAAAAUGCUGCCUUCCCAGUUUCCUUUCAACAGCCAAACACCCACCCGUUCCCCAGCUCUCCCAACAGAAGUUAUCCCAGCUCCCCAGGAAGUAGUACGUAUCCUCAUUCUCCAGCCAGCUCUGGACCAAGCAGCCCAUUUCAGAUGCCAGCAGAUACUCCCCCUCCUGCCUAUAUGCCUCCAGAUGAUCAAAUGACGCAAGAUGGUUCGCAGCCCAUGGAUACGUCAAAUGUUCUUGUACCUACAAUACCACCGCAUCUAACCAACAGAGCAGAUGUUCAACCAGUUGCUUAUGAGGAACCAAAACACUGGUGCUCUAUUGUCUAUUAUGAGCUGAAUAACCGUGUGGGAGAAGCUUUCCAGGCCUCCUCCACUAGUGUCUUGGUGGAUGGAUUUACUGAUCCUUCAAACAACAAGAAUCGAUUCUGCCUUGGGCUUCUGUCCAAUGUGAAUCGUAAUUCAACUAUUGAAAACACUAGGAGACACAUUGGCAAAGGUGUUCACCUUUAUUAUGUUGGAGGAGAGGUGUAUGCUGAGUGCCUGAGUGACAGUAGUAUUUUUGUACAAAGUCGAAACUGCAAUUAUCAUCAUGGCUUCCAUCCAACAACUGUUUGCAAGAUUCCCAGUGGAUGCAGUUUGAAGAUCUUCAACAAUCAGGAGUUCGCCCAGCUUUUGGCCCAGUCGGUAAACCAUGGCUUUGAAGCAGUUUAUGAGCUUACCAAGAUGUGCACCAUACGCAUGAGUUUUGUAAAGGUAAUAAAACUUCCACAGAAAUUCUGA